GUUUAAAUAGCACGUCUUCCCAGUCCAUCUCGAGGUUCAGGCUCAAGCUCAAACUCACAACAUUAAACCGCCUACCUUCCCAAACCUCAUUCGUACGUCCCUCACCUCCAAUCAUAAGACCACCCGUUCACUUGCUCCCCCUCACCAGCACCCAAUUCUGCCCCCAAAGAUGUCGAAAGGCGCCACAGUCUCAGUCCUCUACCCCAAAACCGCCAGCAGCACCUUCGAUAUCUCCUACUACCUCUCCACCCACAUGCCACUAGUCGCCGACACCUGGACUAAAUACGGCCUCAAAUCAUGGAGCGUCACUCAACUCUCUGUAGAUGCGCCUUACAGUGUGCACGCCUUGAUGGAGUGGGAGAGUCAAGAGGCUUUUGCAGAGGCGUUGAAGGAUGAGGGCACUGCGAAGGUUAUGGGAGAUGUCGAGAAUUUUAGUAGUGAGAAGCCGGUCUUGUUGCAAGGGGAGGUUAUUGGGAGGGGGUAAAUAGGCUGAUUGAGUUGGAUUGGAUUAGGGGGGUGGUGGGGAUGGAUGAG